AAGGAUAUAACUUUAUUAAUUUGUAAAAUAUUAGCUGGUAAUAAACAAUUAAGCAAAUAAAUCAAUAAAUAAAUAAGUUAAUAGAAUUCAAUCAUAUUCAAUUAUUGCUUUAAUUAUUAUAAAUAUACUCUUAGAUAGAUGUGGAAUACAAUUUCAACAAAUAAACUACUAGAAUAGAGAAUAAAAUUUAAUGAACAUUAAAAACAUAGAAAUACUUUAAGUUGUGUUAAAACAACACUUAACAACAAAUAGCCUUACUGUCCUUCUUUUAUUAAAAGCAAAUCCAAAUAAAAAUAGAUAAAAUAAGAAUAACUUUAGGAUCUUUAUAAAAAUAACUAAAUUCUUCUCACCAAAAUGCUGCAGAUAGAAAGAAAUCCAUCAAAGAAAUUAAAUGCUGAUAUAUUAUACAGCGAAUAUAGAAGUGGGCACGUCGCUCCAGAAUCAAUUUAAAGAGCUAACUUCCUCAGAAAGGUUUAAGAAGAAAAUGAUUAUAUUUAUUAGAGGAUGAGCACAGUACAAUCUAAUUAUAGUUAAAAGAAUUGGGAAAAACAUAAAAAUAAAGAUAUAUAUAUGUCAUCCAAAAUUUCAUAAAAUGCAAGAAGAGGAGUUUUAGUUGAUUAUACAAAUGCAAGAUCUUUUAGCAAAUCUUAAACAAACUUCUACGAUUCUCGCUAUUCUGCAACAAGAAAAUCAUUUAAUGAGUUAAGAUCAACUCAUGAUUUAUCUGAAUCUAGAAAUAGUACUUAAAUGUCUAAUUAUAAAAGACCAAUGACUCAAAGUGGUUCUAAAACUUCUUUUUCAAAUCUUGAUAGGAUGUAAUACAUAUGA